AUGAGCAUCAAAGAGAAAGACGACACGACAGAAAAAGGAGACGAGAGUUUGGACGACCUUUCCGUCAGUUUGGCUAUCCGCGAUGACGCCGACAGAUUUCAUAUUCCAAUGGAACAACCAGUGUUACUCCGCCUUCCAGAAGAAGAGGCAGCCGUUCUCCGAGAACAAAUCAGGAAAGGCGAUGUCAAACUUAAAAUUGACAUUCCACAAGGUAAAAACUCGGGAACAUGCACGUUUAAUAACAAAGAGUUUUGCGCGACCCUUGUGAGACUUCCAUGUGUCGUUGAAACACAUAAAUCGUAUGACGACGUUGCUCUCUAUAAAACAGGGGAUAUUGGUCAGGCGAUAGUUAUACACGACAAAAAUAACCCACCAAAAAUCGACGAGAAUGGAAGACUCAAAAGUGGAUUAACUCCACCAACAAACAGAAUAAUUAGCAAGUUCAAAAAACCGACAACAGAGGCCGAAAAAGAUAGAAUGAAGGAACUUCAGGAAGAGAUCAAGAAGGUGAAUAUCACCGCGAAGUCAGAAGAGACUGAGAAUUGA